AUGGAUGACAAGUAUGUUGAAGAUAUUUUGAGUAUCUUGAAGAAUUCGUUUCAGAAGAUCCUGAAAAAGGACACUAGCCAGCUUCCUCAUGAGGAAAUGAAUAGGUAAAACUAUUAUCUUAAGACCUCUCUUAAGUUUUCAUGUACUAUCAUAUGUGAACAGUAAAGACAGUGUUUUGUUUUACUCAUUCAUUUCAUUCACUUUUAGAAAGAACGGCAAUUUAUUUUUUAAAUAAUGCAUUUAAUAAUAUUAUUACAAUUAAGCAAUAGAAAUGCAUAGCCUGAUAUAAACACGGGAGGGGUUGACUGUCGAGAAUUCUAUAUCUAAUCAUCAGCCAUUAGUACUGGUUCCAAGGCCUUAGCAAUAGCCCCAUUAUACAUCAAUACACUGUUAUGUCAGCGUACGUCCGUCCGUACGGACUUUCCGGGUAGUGGAAAGUAGAGCGCAUGGACUCUUGGGGUAGGGGAAAGUAGAGAUUUUUUGGUGGGAAAUCGCAUGGCGCAACGUCGCGCAAUUAUAUCGCGCAACUGGUUUUGAAAAAAUUAAAUUUCAAAGCAACUUAGCAAAAAGAUUUUUCGACAGAGCCUUUAUAACUUUUUAUUACAACUUACGAAAGCUAUUAUUUCAACAAACAACAGCAGAGAGAUUUUAGCGUGUAGGCGACAGGUUUUAAGCAGAGAGCAAAGAGAAGGUGAACGGCAGAAAGCAAGAGUCAACACGUGUAGAGCAAGCGAAGACGAUCACCAAAGAGAGCGCGUUAGAAGUAGAAGAAGAAGACAAAAUUUUAGCGAAGAAAGUCGGCAAGUAGAAAGAGUCAGGGCGAGAAGAAGGAGAGAAAAUUAUAGUGAAAACGCCGGCAAGCAGAACGAGACAGAGCUAGAAUGA